AUGGCGACCGUUUCACAGCCCUUCGAGGCUCGGGCCGCGGCCACGAGAGACCCUCUGUCUCUUGACCCCAUCGACACGGACGACACCACCGGCGAGGACGGCCUGAUAGAUGAUGACGCCCAACUCGUCAUGCAGCCCGCUCUAAGCGUCGCCGCCACUCGCCUCACCCUCUCCCGGACACCUGCUGCCGAGAAGGCAGCCGCUAUGGACAUGGCACCCGAGAAUCCUUAUUUCGCCAGGCCAGGCUUGGUCCAUGAUGGCUCCGCAGACGAACCAAUUCAGUCACCACUCUAUCGCAAAGGAUCUAACGCUCGCUCGUUGCGGAGGACCAAUUCAGAUGACUCGAUUCUCUAUCACUCGCUGUCUCGCGUCUCCUCUCUCGGCGACGAGACCAUGUUUGACGACGUACGCGAAAUGGCCAAUGUCAGGAUGAAAGCGAUCAGAGACAGCCUGCCGGACAGGCCAAGCUUUAAAAUGCCUAGCAUGCCCAAAUUCGCUUCACAGCGCAAGAUGUUUCAAGCAUUUGAGGAACCGAACAUUGCGCCCAUUCCCGAGCAACCAGCCUUCAGUCAAGAAGACGAGGAUGCCGCAGCCCUCGAUCGCGUGCUCGAGACCAUGACAGGCGACCUGGUCAUUCUUGGGGGCUAUCGGGGUUCCGUGUUGCGUUCUGCAGAGGCGCCGCAUCACCAACUCUGGGCCCCGGUUAAGGUGGGACUGAACUUGAGGAAAGCCGACCUUGAGGUAGGCUUGGAUCCCGAGGACGAAGAAACCAUGGAACAGCGCAUCAUUCCAUCUGGUAUGCUGCAGAACAUCGGCCCCAUUGACAUCUCACGCAAACUGUUCAAAAAGGUCAGGUCUUGUGAGAACGCUCGGAACGGCAAGCUUCGCGUUUGGGAUUAUGGUUAUGACUGGAGGCUCAGCCCUCAUCUUCUGUCACAGAAAAUGAUCGCAUUUUUGGAGAAGCUACCAUCCAACCUGCCGGCGUCACAGGAGCCCAGGGGUGCCCUUGUCGUUGCGCACAGUCUAGGCGGACUGAUCACGCGGCACGUGGUCAACCAGCGUCCCGACCUCUUCUCGGGCGUUGUCUACGUUGGUGUGCCUCAGCGCUGCAUUAAUGUUCUCGGUCCUCUCCGCAAUGGUGAUGCCGUGUUGUUCAAUGAAAAGAUCCUCACUGCACAGGUUAACUUUUCUCUCCGGACGACCUUUGCAUUUCUUCCAGAAGAUGGAUUUUGCUUCAUCGACAAGGACACCAAGGAGGAGUAUCGAAUCGAUUUUCAUAGCGCUGACGACUGGAUCAAGUACCGACUAUGCCCAGCCACCGAUGCGGCCCUCCCAGCCCUGAACCCGAAGCCGGCAACCGGCUUUGGGUCCAUUCUUCGCAAUCGCAGUAGCAGUUACAGUGAGAAGCGGUACAGCCAGCCUCUGAGUAAUUCCGUUGGCGAUAUGACUCGUAAUGCCGAAUCCACAAGGGACCGCCUCCUCAAUCCGCAAAUCGACAGCACAGGUUCAAAGUUGUCUCCGUCAGACACCCGACCUUCUCCUUUUGGCGCUGGGUCAGAUUCUAUGCCGCCUCCACCGCUGAAUCGCGCCCGCAACAUUGCGUAUCUCAAGCGCACCCUCGCAGAGGUAAAGCGCUUCCGGGCUGAGCUGGCGCACAAACCGGCCUUCUCCGAGGCCAACGUCUACCCACCCAUCGCCCUCAUGUAUGGCAAGGACACGCCGACGGUGUACGCUGUCAAAGUUGCCGGACGAGACGCCAUUGCUCAUGCGGACUGUUAUGACGACCUUGUCUUCAGGCCUGGUGACGGCGUGGUUCUUGCACGCGAGGCUCAGCUGCCAGAGGGAUACGAACUCGUCCGAGGGGGGCGGCAGAGGACACACAGGGGGCACCUCACCAUGUUGGGGGAUAUGCCAGCCGUGGGACGAGCCAUGGAAGCUGUCAUUCGGGGGCGGAGAAAGGGCAUCGGCAUGGGCAGGCCGGAUAGAGGACACAAUGGCGCUGAGAGUAGCGCAGGCGCCUAG